UGCCAGAAAAGAUAUAUUUGAGUUAAGCAAUUUAACUAAUAGUAAACUCUAAAUUAUAAAGGAAUAUAUAUUGUAAUUCGAGACAUGCGGGAAUAAACGUGUGUUAUUUAGGCUCUUUCAGAAGCAUUAACGCAUAGAUAUAGCAUUAACGAGGUUGUGAGCGCAUUGAUUGGGUGAGCAUUUUUUACUUGUGCUUGAUGAAAACUUGCUCUCUUUGAGCGUGAGUGAGUGUGAGACUCAGUGAGACUGUUGGACGAGGAAGCCGAUUGGUGGGUUCAUAAAGACGCGUAGGAAUAUCGACACUCUGCUAGAAACUGUCUAACAUCGGAGUGGCAGUUUCCUACCACCAAUACACAGGAACUUUACAGUACUCUAUCGCCGACCAUUGGUCCUCAAUUUACGGACCAAUCAUUGGGAAAUUGCCCACGAAAAUAUCCAAUUAACCUGCCAUGGAUCAGCUUGGCGAGGGCCAAGCGGUGAUGGUUGGAGGUGCAGGAGGCACGGUGCAAGUGGUGCAGAUGAAUCAAGCUGGACAGACAAUGAUGCUUCCUCAGACUAUUCAAGUCGCUGCUCCAAACGGACAAAUUCAAGUAGUUCCUGUUUCGAGUUUGGCAGGCACAGGGCAGCAGAUUGUCAUUCAGCAGCCGCAAACUCCACAAAUCAUUCAAACUCCGGAUGGGCAAACCUACAUUUACCAGCCCGUUCAAUUGGAAGGUCAAGUUCAACAAACCCAACAACCCACUGUUAUAAACAUCAAUGGGAAUUUAAUGCAAAUUGGAGGGUCGACAGCACAGACGGCAUCUUCAGCACCUACAACGACUCCAGUGCAACCUAUGUCGAGUCCAACUGCAACAACAACACAGGCAGGAAAUAUAGUCAUGAUGGUCCCUGGAAAUAGUAGUCAACCUCAGUUUCAAAGAGUCGCGUUGCCGAAUGCAGAAUUUUUGGAAGAAGAACCUCUCUACGUGAAUGCUAAACAAUAUAGGCGUAUUUUAAAGCGCAGACAAGCAAGAGCAAAAUUAGAGGCUGAAGGGAAGAUACCAAAAGAACGACCGAAAUACCUACAUGAAUCCAGACAUCGCCAUGCCAUGAAUAGAAUUCGAGGUGAAGGAGGACGAUUUCAUUCUGGACAAGUGAAAAAGAGAAAAAUGCAACGUCGCAGUCCUUGCCCAACGUAAUCAUUAGCAUCCGACUUAAAGUUAAGUUUCGAGUAAUGUGGCAAAAGUAUCACUGAACCAAAGUGAUGAAAACGACGGCGAAGAUGUUAUCCAUACAUGAAAUUUCGUGUGUAUUAUUAUCAGCAACCUUGUAAUCAGUGCAGAAAUUGCAGAAAUUGCAGAAAUUAAUCUGGCGCCGAGAGUGUAUAUAUAUACACAAAAAUAUGUACAUAUGUAUAUACGCAGGAGAAAUGUUGGUAGAGGGAUAUUAAAAUCACGUUUCACCAGCAGUGCUCUCUUUCGCUCUCUUUCUCUCUCUUUUUUUUAUUUAAAC